AUGUCCGUUUUCAGAUGCGGCUACCCUCCGAAAUACAAUCAAACGAAGUAUAUUGUGUUGGUUGGGCGGAAAGUGAUAUUCUCGGAUUCAACAUCCCAAAAGUUGUAUGGUGUAGUGAAUGGAGCUGCAAGUGUGAUCCCAGCGGUACUGUACCCUGUGAUAGCGAUAGUUUUGUUGGUGCAGCUGUGGAAGAAUGAGAAGAAUCGAAAUGAAUUGUUUAGUCGACGAAAAAAAGAAAAGGAUCACACCACGCAACUCGUUAUCCUCAUGACAAUCACCUUCUUUAUCUCCCAGCUCCCAUUCGGCCUAUCCAUAUGGCUCAGUCUCGUCUUCCCGUAUCAUUCAGUAAUCUCAUCGCUGUUAGAUCAUGGGAAGGAGAUCACUUCUAUCUUAUUUACUAUCAAUGCCACGUGUCACUGUAUAAUAUUUGCCACGUUGAGCGAACAGUAUAGGGAAGUGGCCAAGGAGGUGUACUGUUGCAGAAGUCAGAAGGAAAACAAAAUUAAUUGA